CAAAACAGAGUCUUUUACGGCCUGUGUGGUCGCCGUUGAACCAAAGAGAUACGGACACUGGCAAACCCAUCAUACUUCAUGGACCUCUCGACCCACCCAAAUAAAUAUACUCCUCCACCUAAAGAUUUCUUUUCGUUUCUUUCGCUUUGAUUGCUACAAUUUUUCCUUUCCUUUCCUACCAAAAUAAUGGCAGGAACACUGGGGAGGAAUCUUCAUCUCUGCUUUACCAAGAUCAAGCGUCAGCUAGAGCCCCAAUCUCCUUCUACUCUUUUAGCUCCACACGAUCACAGCCAUCCACUUGUCAUAAAUAAUUUUAACUCUCUCUUUGACUACACCUUUGUCUCCGCCUCUAAAUCCCCGACUCCGUCGUCCUCUUCCUCUUCCGUUGCUUCCUCCUCCUCCUCUGAACCUGACUUCGCCACCAUAUUCGCCUCCCAACGUUUCUUCUUCUCCUCCCCAGGCCGCUCCAAUUCCAUCAUUGAAUCAACACCCUCCAGUGCUACUCCAACAGAAUCAUCUGGCUCGCUGGUAGGAAUAAAGUGUGAUAAUGCUGCGCCGCUUUCGGACACCGGUACGAUGAAUAAUGAUCAAUCCGACAGGUCGUCUUUAGAAUCGUGGAACUCUGGAGCCGUUAAACACAGCGUAGCGGUCCACACGUACUCGCCGGACCCUUAUUUGGACUUCAGGAGAUCCAUGCAGGAGAUGGUGGAGGCACGCGAGUUGGUGGACGUGAAGGCCAAUUGGGACUACUUGCAUGAGCUUCUGCUGUGUUAUCUUGCGCUGAAUCCUAAGAGUACCCACAAGUUUAUUGUUCGAGCUUUUGCUGACCUCCUUGUUAGUCUCUUGGCAUUGCAACCGGCAGUGGCGCCGGCGGAGGGAGAGUGAUCUGGAAGCCGGCGUUGUGAGCUUUUUGCGGCAAUGCAUGUAAGAUGUAACGUGGGUUGUCGGAUAAUGAUUGGGUAAUCUUGUUACUUUUGAUUUGGCAAUACUUUUAUGUGGGGAACUAAAGUUGGCCCUUCCCUUUUUGUCUUCUAUCUAACACCUUAUCCCUCAGUACACACUCGUUGCAUUUCAUCCUCGUAUCUAAGUUGGUUCUAAUUUUCUUUUACAAAGAUUUGCUCAUUGAACAAGUUCUUCAAGUAGAGAUUAAAAUUUUGCUUAA